GGAGAGAGAGAGAGAGAGAGAGAGAGAGAGAGAGAGAGAGAGAUGAGAAAGAGAGAGAAAGAGAGAGAGAGAGAGAGAGAGAGAGAGCAAAAAAGAGAU